GUCCUUUGCUCUUCGGAAAGCCGUUGCGAGAUUCGAGUAAUCUCCGACUGAUCGGCCCGUUCCCUGCUCGUUAAUGUCAUGAAACUUAUUGCUGAUCAGUUCACUCCAUCGUCUACGUCGCGUCUAGGUCGUGCUAUAAAGGGACCUGAAUUUUCUCACUUCGAAUGAGGCAGACAACAAACACCUACAAUCAGCUCCUGGUUCUUGAAAGUCACCUCCAUCAUGCGGAACAGCUUUCUUAUUUCCCUCAAUGCCAUUGCAGGCGCUGUCGCGCAUCCGUCAUUUCCUGUCCACAAGAGGCAGUCAGAUGUCGGCGCCUUCAUUGAGAAACAGACCCCCAUUGCCAAACAGGGGGUCCUCAAUAAUAUCGGCCCCAACGGCAGUCUUGUAGAAGGGGCUGCCGCGGGUAUCGUUGUGGCUUCCCCAUCCAAAAGCAAUCCCGACUACUUCUAUACCUGGACGCGCGACGCUGGCCUGACCAUGGCGGAAGUGAUCGAGCAAUUCAUUGCGGGAGACUCGACUCUGGAGUCUACCAUCCAGAAUUAUGUUGACUCUCAAGCGACCCAGCAGGCAGUCUCCAACCCAUCCGGCAGCCUGUCGGAUGGCUCGGGUCUUGCUGAGCCCAAGUUUUACGUCAACAUCUCUCAAUUCACCGAUUCUUGGGGCCGGCCUCAGCGGGAUGGGCCAGCUUUACGUGCUUCCGCCUUAAUCGCAUAUGGCAACUACUUAAUCUCCAAAGACAAGCAAUCUCUUGUCAAAACGAACAUCUGGCCAAUUGUCCAGAAUGAUCUGUCCUACGUGGGCCAGUACUGGAACCAGAGCACGUUUGAUCUCUGGGAAGAGGUUCAAGGCAGUUCCUUCUUUACUACUGCUGUACAGCACAAGGCCUUGGUGGAGGGCGACGCGUUUGCGAAGGCUCUCGGAGAGGAAUGUGCGGGUUGCUCCGUGGCGCCGCAAAUCCUCUGCCAUCUUCAGGACUUCUGGAAUGGGUCCGCUGUGCUUUCUAACAUCCCCACCAAUGGACGCAGUGGGCUGGACACCAACUCGCUUUUGGCCUCCAUCCAUACUUUUGACCCGGCUGCCGCUUGUGAUGAUACCACGUUCCAGCCCUGCUCCUCUCGCGCUCUGUCGAACCAUAAGAUUGUGGUGGACUCUUUCCGGUCAGUCUACGGUAUCAACAAUGGACUAGGAGCCGGAAAGGCCGCAGCAGUGGGCCGUUACCCAGAGGACAACUACCAGGGAGGGAAUCCAUGGUAUCUUACCACCCUAGUCGCCGCAGAAUUGCUCUAUGACGCCCUAUACCAGUGGGACAAACAAGGUCAAGUGAACGUCACCGACACCUCUCUUCCCUUCUUCCAGGACCUCUCUGGCAACGUCACCACCGGAUCCUAUGCCAAGUCCUCCUCGGCCUACGAAUCUCUCACAAGCGCCGUCAAGGCCUACGCAGACGGCUUCAUCUCCGUUGUCCAGAAGUAUACUCCCGAGAACGGCGCUCUGGCCGAGCAGUACAGUCGGGACCAAGGCAGUCCGGUUUCGGCGUCCGAUCUGACUUGGUCGUAUGCCGCAUUCCUGAGUGCUGCUGAUAGACGGAGCGGCACUGUUCCUGCUAGUUGGGGGUCUUCCACGGCUAAUGAAGUUCCCAGCCAAUGCUCGGGGGCUACAGCUUCUGGGAGUUACACUACUCCUACCGUUGGCUCGUGGUAGGUGAAGGUCGCAAGAUUGUAUUUCUCACUGUGUGUAGUCUACUCUGGUUUCGUGUCACGGCUGUUGUUUUUGCUUGUCUAUAUGCGGCCAUACUGUGUAUGUUUGUUGUAUACUCGUCGCUCAUUAUUGUUUCAACAACAAAGAUGCUAUUUUUAGUACUGGCUGGACAAUACCAUUUUAUAUGGACGAUUUUGAUCCUAAUGCGGGAGACUGUCACAACUUGUGAAGUUAAAAGGACCACAAAAUUGAUUACUUCCCUAGUUAGUCGACCAUCCACUAUACUAUAUAGAUGAUCCCAGGCCAUUCUGGGUCGUUGAUCUCAAUUAUCC